AUGGCGUUGCAGUGGGUGGAGGAAUAUAAAACUGGAAGGUAUUAUCUCGAUUACACUUGCCCUGAUGGCCAGAUUGUUCGGAGAUACGAGGAUGAGUUUACCAUGGAGCCGGCGAAGAAUAACAGCGCAGUCUCCGGAAGUGAUGAACGGAUGGAGGAGCCCGGGGUCAACAGGCUGUCUAUGAAUGAUACCCAGCCGAACGAGUCAGGCGGGUUGACGAUUCGAAGGUAUGCAGAUGAGCUGCAGCCAUAUGCAUAUGAAUCCAAGAAGUUGCAUUCAAGCGGAAGCAAUUGGGGUUUCACUUCACAACCAUCCCCAAGGAAGUCAAAUGGCUAUCAAAACGCGUCUGGAUAUGCAACUUUCAUACCAUCACUGGAAUCCGGCGUCGAGGACCACAAAAUCCUAGACUCAGAAUCUCAAGAGUUGCUUUUCCAGUAUGAGCUCGAGACCAAGUCGGCACAAAAGCCUCGUAUCACUCAGACGGCAAGUGAUCGAAGCCUCUUGAUGCUUAUUCGAGAUGCUUGGGGAGCCGAACAAGAUGCUGUAGCCCUUCUAGACUCGGGGUCCGAUGAUGACUGGAUUUCGACCAGACUGGUAAAGAAGCUUGGUUUUCGCGUCGAGCCAUCGACGAGUCCCUUGGAAGCUACGUGUGCCAACAAUGGGACAAUCACUUCUGAAGGCACUUUUCUUCUUAAGUGGAGAUUGAAACAUCGAGCCUUCCAACUCAAAUUUAAUGUCUCCGACUUUGAGCACAUUGCCGUUAUACUUGGACACAAAUUCUUGACGAGAGAAGGCGUACUGCAUUGGGAUCAUUCUGGAUUAUACCCUCUUAUAUCUGCAUCUAAAGCAUCUGAACAAGAAAAAGUCAAACAGGAAGCGGAGAAGCAAAAACAAGCAGAGGGAAGGCGGAGAUAUGAGGAGCGAAAGCAGCGCUCAGACCGACAUCAAUCACAGGGGUAUGGCUCAAGUUCUGGCAACCAGACUUCUCGGGCUUCUGGAAGUUCGACCGCGACAACAUGA